AUGAGAAUAGGUUUCAGACCUCUCCGCCCGGAGGCAGUCUUCAGUUCGUUCCUCGGUCUGUUGGAUAUAAAAUUAGGAUCUGAGAUCAUCCUUCUAUUCGGCCUCAUCAAUAAAGUCGCGGGACUUUACGGACUCAUCACUAUUUUCGUAGGAGGUAGUUUUCUACAAUUACUCUUUUAUGCCUAUUCUACCGCCACCCUCUUUGCUUUUUUAUGGGCUCUGAGGAUUGUCAAAUCCGAAACAGCUGUUCCCACCCUCCUCAUCUCACAUUUAUAUACAAUCGAUCAUGCUAUCCUCACUAUAUUCCAUUAUCUCUUCUAUCAACAUUACUGGUAUUCGGUACCUCAUGACGGACGUAGAGUCUCAAAUUCUCAAGCACAACAGGACCUGAUAAAUCUCGCCGCGAGUAGAGGGGAGAUUGAAGAUCCCGCUUUAACGCAGGAUGAUCCAGCCACGGAAGAGCUGCGGGCAGCUUUGGCAGGGGAGAUAUGGCAGACUGAGAAGGUAUUUGCGGGUUGGACGUUGAUAGCUGGUUGGUUGUUGAAGAUCUAUUUUAUCCUAAUUCUCUAUUCCUACGCGGCUCAUCUCCGUUCCUCCACAUAUCAUACCCUCCCCUCAACUGCCAGAGCGAAAGCCACUCAGAUCGCCCAUCCCAAUACGGAACAUGACGGACAGAUCGAGAUGGGACAUGACGUAGAUCACAAUGGCAGCAAUGGGCAAGCAGGGAAUGGAAGUGCUGUCGCCGGUAAACACCCGCAAGGGGAGGAUGAAUUCAGCUGGGAUUAA